CACCACAUCAGCUGAGAACAUCACAGCACCGAAAAUAUUUACCGCUGUGAGAUGAUGGCAACACAUUCUGUUACUCAGGAAUACCACAAUGUAGAAGAUAAACGAGACUGACCUUUUUACGGGUGCCACCUUAGGACUUUUGACAGGAGGAAAAAAAAAACGGUGGGCGUCUCGCAUCUCGCUCCUCUCCCCUCCCUGUGUUGUACUGAAGGAGUCCUGCGUUUUUAUGGAGAGUCACAGAGUCCACAUCGUUAAAAAACAAAACAAACAGGGAAGCCAUCAGUUAUGGACGUGUUUUAAGUGUUGUUAAAAAGAAAUCCCUCCCUGCACCUUAAUAUUAAAAUGUCACCCCCACGAAAUCUGACAUUUUCCAUUUGUGCCUUGCCCCUCAGUGCCAGGACUGCAUUCCCUGUGUGCAGGUUGGUGGUCAGUGGUCACUGAGCCUCCAUUCUUCUUCACCCCUUUGAUCUGCUGACCAUGGUGAAGGGCUGGGGUGGAGCCGAGUCUUAGUUGCCCUGCUUCGGGGGCAGGUACGGGAAUCUGCUUUUUGAAGCCCCCUGAAGAAGAUCAAGCCGGUUGAUAUUUCUUCAAGCCCAGACCUCCCCUGACCCUCGUUAGCACCCUGCCCUUUGACCUUCCGGCAUGUCGGACAUUCUGCUCAACCUGGACUUCAGCUGCGCGGGGGGCUUCGGCGGCGAUAAGGGUGAGCCCCACGCGAGCAGCAAGCACGAGCGCUUCGUGAGGAGCCGUAGGUACCUGGAGAGGAAAGGCUGCCUGAACAAGAAGCAGAUUCCCAAGCACAGGCAGAAACACACACAGGGACAGGGACAGGGGCAAAGAUUGGGACAGGCCCAGGGACAGAGACUGGGGCAGGGACAGGCCCAGGGACAGAGACUGGGGCAGGGACAGGGACAGGGGCAAAGAUUGGGGCAGGCCCAGGGACAGGGACAGCGACAGGGGCAGGGGCAGGGACAGGGGCAAAGAUUGGGGCAGGCCCAGGGACAGGGGCAAAGACUGGGACAGGCCCAGGGACAGGGGCAAAGAUUGGGGCAGGCCCAGGGACAGAGACUGGGGCAGGGGCAGGCCCAGGGACAGAGACUGGGGCAGGGACAGGGGCAGGCCCAGGGACAGAGACAGGGGCAGGGACAGAGACAGGGGCAAAGAUUGGGGCAGGCCCAGGGACAGAGACAGGCCCAGUUACAGAGACUUGGGCAGGGACAGGCCCAGGGACAGGGGCAAAGAUUGGGGCAGGCCCAGGGACAGAGACUGGGGCAGGGACGGGGGCAAAGAUUGGGGCAGGGACAGGCCAAGGGACGGGGACAGGGGCAAAACCUGGGGCAGGGACAGGCCCAGUGGCAGGGACAAAGAUUGGGGCAGGGACAGAGACAAGGGAAGGGGCAAGACCAGGGUCAGAAGCAGGGAUGUGUUCAAGGACCGACACCAAUGCCCCAGCACACCUCCAGUCACACCCCUGAAUCCCCCCACCCACAGCAGAACGGUUCCCGUCGCACUCCUGCGCCCAGCCGGCCACAGCUCGCUACCUCCUCCGCCAGCAGCCCGCACCCCAAACCCCCGCCCCUUUCCCAGAGCCCCCCGCCCACCACCGCCGGCCCCGCCUUCCGGCCCCCCGGCGCGCAGCUGCUGAGCGAGUUCCAGAGCGGGCUGCCCCGGGCGGGCCAGCCUUUCAAGUGCGUGGCGGUGGACUGCGAGAUGGUGGGCACGGGCCCCAUGGGCAAGCGCAGCGAGCUGGCGCGCUGCAGCAUCGUGGGCCACGACGGCGACGUCAUCUACGACCAGUACAUCCUGCCCGUCAACCGCGUGACCGACUACCGCUCUCGCUGGAGCGGGAUCCGGCCGCAUCACCUGCGCCAGGCCACGCCCUUCCAGGUGGCCAAGAAGCAGAUCAUGAAGCUCCUGCAGGGGAAGGUGGUGGUGGGUCACGCCAUCCACAACGACUUCAAGGCCCUGGAGUACUUCCACCCGCCGGCGCUGACUCGUGACACUUCCCGCAUCCCCCUGCUGAACGCCAGGGCCGGCCUCCCCGCCGCGGCCACCCCCUCGCUCAAGAACCUCACCAGGGCCAUCCUGAGCCGGGACAUCCAGGUGGGGAGAAAGGGGCACUCGUCUGUUGAAGACGCCAGGGCCACGAUGGAGCUGUACAAAACGGUGGAGGUGCAGUGGGAGAGCGCCCUGGCCCGGAAAUCGAGCGCCACGCAGGAUGCUGGAGGGGUUUAACGGGAAAGGGCCUGCGCGGAGGUUUGGGUGCGUCUGUGUGCCUCAGGGAGGCCGCGCGGGGGUUGGUUUCUGAAGGGCGGCGCUCGCCAAGGAUUCUGCCACCAGUGAAGACCUGCCCGGUCCCUCCGGGCUGACGUUGAACUGUGUGUCAGUGGACAGGCCAGCCCUCAUCAGUGCUGAAGGACCAGGAGCUUGCUGGCCAGGAGCCCUGAUCCCAGUGUCCCGCAAUGAAUGGAGAGAGAGUUGCUGCGCUGUCUCUUUCACACUGAUCUGGUCUUGACAGGGCACAGUAGGGCGAGCUGGACAUCAGUGAAGUGGGGCUGUGACUGUUUCCUCUCCACCACUUUGACACAAGGUGGCGCCAAAUCUCUCCCCCCUCAGCACCCACCCUCAAGAGCAAAUUCAGCUCGGCCUUUAUGAGUUUUCCAGCUACUUUUGGGAGUGAAAUUCUGGCAGUGGGUGGAAAACGGCACUGUUUUUACAAGUGCUUCAGCUGUUUUCUUUUCCUUUAUCUUUUUUUUUACAUUUACAAUGGAAAUAUUUAAGAUGAUUCCAUUUUAAGAGUUUAAUUUUUCAUUUUAAGUUCACGUUGGGUAUUGCCGGUUAAUUCUUCAGUUCCCAGACCACACCUGGAAGGGCAGAGGACUCCAGCAUCUUCCAAGCUCGGUCCGGCUGGGGAAUGUUCUCGAGGCUGGAAGGAGCUGUUCUGGCCAGUUGCUGGAGCCCAUGCUCUGUGUAUCUAAGCCAGUUGGGACUUUUCUCAGCCACGGAGCGCCACCACGGGCUGGAUCACACUCUCCCUAGUCCCUCCCGCUGUGGCCGAGCGCUCAUUCGAGCGCAGUCUGAAAGACCUCGUCGUGACGCUGUCUUAACAAGGCACGGGGCCGGAACGCGAGACGAUGGAUCGCACGCCCAGCUCCCCUUUUCUUCUUUUUGUCUUUGCAGUUUCAGGACCUUGAUUUACAAAACGAUUUUUUAACUUGCCUGGCAUAAAAAUACAGAUGUUCUAAGUAUG